CUCUCAACUCCUAUCAAAGCUUUCUCCAAAACUCAAAAACAAACCCUCUCAGAAGAAUACAGGAGAGUUCUUUCCCUCCAUUUUCUCUCUCCCCAAACACAUGAGAGAAGAAACUUCUAGUAUUAUUACUAGUACUCUUACUCCUAUUUUAAGAAGCAAUGGAGAACCAAGAUUUCUCUCCGCCACACGUGGACGCAUCACGGCCGUCCCUGGGCUUCCCUCUCGGCACCGCCUUACUCUUAAUCAUCAUCUUCAGCUUAAGCGGUAUCUUCUCUUGUUGCUACCACUGGGACAAGCUCAGAUCCCUCCGUAGAUCUUUCGCUUCCGACGCCUCUGAUUCUGCCGAUCUCGAAAACGGCCCAAUCAAACCCAACGCUUCUAAUUCGGAUUUGAAGGGAAACCAAUGGCAGAGCUUGCCAGUUUUGAUGCCUGGAGAUACUGUACCGAAGUUUAUAGCAAUGCCCUGUCCUUGUGAGCCAAUACGACAUGAAAAGAUUGUCGUUGAUUUGCCCAAGCCUCCUAAGCCACCACGCUUUCCGGUGCCUCUCUAUUAGCUAAUACUACCCUCUUCUGGUGUACAGUUUAAUGUUACAAAAUUAUUAUAUAUAAUAUAUAUAUGUUAAAUUUAAUUUAAUUUUACUUCGUAUAUCAUAAAAAAAAUGCAUGUGUUUUGUAAAUGAUAAUUUAUGAUUACCAAAUUUUUUCUUUGGUUGAAGUUAUCAUUUAUUUUUUGAAUUUUAAAUCUGAUUAUUUCAAUGAUAUUGUAUCUUAUCUCCU